UCAAAGUUGACUGCAUGCGGAAGACGCUCUCUGGGUCUUUCUCUAUGGUUUGGUUUAGCUCUCUAUAAAUCAGUUACGUUGGAAUACGUUUGUUGAUUUUCUUGGAGGUUAACCGAUGCCAGCUUCCCCUCAUGUCUGCCACAAUGACCACCAUUGUCCAUGAUACUACAGAGGCAGUGUGCUUCUCCUCCGAGCACAACCUGUACCUCAAGCCCAUUGCCAAAGUGACCAUCAGUGUGGCUCUGCCGCAGCUCAAGCUGCCCGGCAAGAGCAUCUCAAACUGGGAAGUGAUGGAGAGGAUAAAGGCCAUGGUCGCUCCAGAGCAGUUUUCAGCCCUGCGAAUCUCAAAGAGCACGAUGGACUUCAUCCGUUUUGAGGGCGAGGUGGAAAACAAGACGGUGGUCAAGACCCUGCUGUCUCGUCUGGAUGGGAAGAGCAUCAAGCUUAGUGGAUUUACAGAUGUCCUGAAGGUUCGUGCGAUAGAGAACAAAGUGGACUUCCCGACACGUCACGACUGGGAUUCCUUCUUCCGCGACGCCAAGGAUAUGAAUGAGACUCUGCCAGGAGAGAGGCCUGACACCAUCCACCUCGAGGGACUUCCUUGCCGCUGGUUCAGCCAGAAGGACAGCCCGUUCCCAGACCGGCCCUCUGAAGAUGUCCUAAUUGCCGUCUUUCAGACAUUUGGCAAGGUGCGAAAUGUUGACAUCCCCAUGCUGGACCCAUACCGGGAGGAGAUGCUAGACAAGAACUUCAACACAUUCAGUUUCGGGGGUCAUCUGAACUUUGAGGCUUAUGUCCAGUUCCAGGAGUACGGUGGCUUCACCAAGGCAAUGGACACUCUGCGCAGCAUGAAGCUGAUGCUGAAAGGAGACGAUGGAAAGGCAGUGGCCUGCAACAUCAAGGUGGCCUUUGACACCAGCAAGCACUUGAGUGAGUUGGCUCUCAAGAGGAGGGGCCUGGAGAGGCUGAAGUUACAGGAGCUGGAGAGGCAGAGAGAGGAGCAGAAACGACGGGAGAAGGAAGAGGAGGAGCGACGUAAGGAAGAUGAGAGGAAACAGAAGGAGCAGGAAGAGGAGGAGAAGGAGAGGAGGAAGGAAGAGAGGAUACGAAAGCGAGAGCAGAAGCUGCGGGAGAGAGAGGAGAGGAGGAACCUGAAGAAGGUGCGGCGACAGCAGGAAGAGGAGCAGAAGAAGCUGCAAAUGAAGAUUGCCAUGGAGGAGAGGAGGCUGCUGUUGGCUCAGCGCAAUCUGGAGUCGAUUCGUCUCAUUGCUGAGCUCCUGGCCAGGGCCAAGGACCUGAAGCAGCAGCAGCAAGAGAAACAGAGGGCUGAACAGGAAGAGCAGGAGGAGCAGGAGCAGGCUCGACAAAAGGAGGAACUAGCUCAUCUUCAGCAGCUUGAGGCCUGCCGACGCAAGCAGGAGGAUGAGCUCCGGAGGGUGGAGGUGGAGAAGGAGCGAGCACUGGACCUCCAGCGACGUGAGAAGGAGCUUAGAGAAAAACUGCUUUGCAACCUAAUAAAGAAGAGCAGCGGUAAAGCCACAAGACCUCCAGGCACACAGGACCAGGCUGUCCCUGUAACGAGUGAGGAGGCGUCUGAUCCGGGUGGCAAUGAUGUAAUGUUGGGGGUCCUGGGCCGGAUGUACGGAGUGAAGGCAAUUGAGAGCAAAGAGAAGCCUGUGUCCAAAUCCAGUGUGCAUUCACAAGUUCUGGGGAAAAAACGAACACCAGAGGAGAGGAGAGUAGGGGAGGACACCAAGAAAGACCGGGAGGGAAGGAGGGAAGAGGGGGUGAGGAGUGGCCACAGUAGGGAGAAAGCAAAGGACCGUAACCGCUCCCACAGAAAGAGGAGCUCCCACAGCCAAGGGAGAAGGAGGCGCUCUCACAGCAACAGCCGGAGGAGAAGGAGCUCCAGCCAACGGAGGAGGAGCUCCAGUCAUCAUAGGAGGAGCCUCAGUCACCGUGGCAGUGGGAGGUGCAGUCACAGCAAUUACAGCAGGAGUACAAGCUCCAGCCAGGACAGGAGCCGGAGCAGCAGUGGGAGAAGCUACAGCGGUGAGAGGAGCAGCAGGCAAAGUCACCGUAGAAAUGUCAGAGGCAGCUCUAGGGCCAGCAACAAAAGCAGAGAGAGGAGUCACAGCCAUUACAGGUACAAGAGACACAGCAACAGUAGAGACAGGAGCAACUUCAGACGAUGCUAAUUAUCAGUGUAUUGAUUUAUGUAUUCCCCUUUUUGUUGGGCUUUCACAUAAAGUUGGAGAAUGAUGGAGAAUAGACAUUUUGGCCCUUUUAAGUAAGUAAUGUAACUCAGCUUUCCUCAGAAUAGGGCAGCACAAAACAAGAAAUCUUGGAUAUUAAUAUUAAAUCUCAUAUAAAAAUAGAAUCAACUCUACUGAAACAAUAUGUGUAAGUGUAGCCUGUAUGUUGUGUAUAUCAUUGCAGAUGAUUAUAGGGCCUUGCUUUUACCUCCCUUUUUUUUUUUUUUUUACACAUUUCAUACUCUUGUAUUGAAGCUGCUGACACAUUUUUCACAUUUUAAAUGUGUUUAUAUUUAACAACUUAAUGACAUAACACACAAAAUGUGCCAUUUGUUUUUUUAUAUAUUAUACUUUGUGAUGUGUGAAAAACAUUGCAUCAACAUUUGCACUGAAAACUAACAUGAAUAUUCAAAUUUGAUAAAUUACAUUGGAUGUUGAGAACAUUACCUGGCUGAUAAUUGUUUGAAUUAAAGACUAAUAUCAUAAGCUCAUUAUAUUUGUAGAUUGACCCGAAUGUGAGCGCAACAGCCUUUUGAUGUACAUUUUCUGCAAGCAAGUUGUUUUUUGUGCCUGAAUAUAAGCCUGGCGACAGAAAAUCAGACAGUGUUCUGUACUGACAUGUAAUUAGCAUGAAGUUCCACACACUAUCAGACCUGAACUUUGAAGUGGAACAACAGCUGCUGUUCCACUUCAAAUGUGAAAUUUCCACAGACCUUAAGAAACAUUCCUCUAUAUUUCGGCUGACCUGCAACCUGAUUUAGCAGUUCUGUGUUAACUGUCUCAAAUAUUUCUUGGAAUACUGCUUUAGUAUUGCAGCACCAUUUUUAAAGAUAAAGUUUCAACUUUGGAGACUGAUUUUAUUUUAUUUUAAUUUACAAAUGACAAGAAGUUUUUUCAAAAAGGAAAUGUGAUUUGUUGAGUGAUUUGCAUGAAGACUUGUAAGUAACAAACAACAUAUUGGACCUGACAUCAAGCAGUGUUCUCCUUCUUCUGUUUUGAGUUAGUGAUGGCUUUGAGACCUGUCCAAUUUAUUAAAGACUUUUUUUUCCAA